GUGCCCUGUUCAAAGACUCCAGAGGGCCCCCUGAGCCUGCUAUGGGUGUCUAGGGAUGCUGGAGGCCUGAGAGGCACCAGUGGGAAGAGACAAGAAUGUGGAACCUGCAGCGGGCACAGCUCAGUUUCCUGGGACUUCCGUGAGAAGUCAAUGAGGGCAUGCACAUGAGAGUGACAGAUCUGGACAGAACAGGUCCCUGCGUGGACUCAAAGCUUCCUCUAGAAAAGAACACUUGAGCCCUGUCUCCCUUAUCCCCAGCCCAGUGGCUCACUGCCUUCCUACACUCCACUGGGAGCAGAGAAAGACCUGCCUUUGCUGAAAAGGCUACUGGCCCUGAGAGACAUCGGGACCUUCACCCUCCUCGUCACCCCUAAGGGCUUUCCUCUCCUGCAAGCAAAGAAAAAACACCAUCAGGCUCCUUCAAACACAAAUGGUCCAGGACAGGCACAGGCAGAGGCUCCACGCGGCUCGUUCCUGGCCUGUAGCAAUGCACUGCUCCGUGCAGGACCUGAGAAGAGGACAUAGAAUGUUCCAGGGAGGACCCAGGACCAGCCCAUGGGCUCAUGAGAAUACCUCACCAUGGGACAGCUGGACUUGUACCUUGUCUGGAGCUAGCCCCAGCCUCCCACUCCCUAUUCCGCAGUGAAUGCUAAUGGGGGCAGGGAGUGGAGUGGACAAGGAGCCAUGGGGAGACACAGACAGAAAAAUCAGGAUUGUUCUAUUUGCGGGAGAAGCCCCCAGCUCCCCGUGCCAUGGCAGUAGAAAUUUGGCAGGGGCGUCCCCGUCCAUGGGGCCUACUUCACCAUGUACCCGGACUUGGGACCAUCACAGACUUCGGAACCAUCAGGAACCUGGGAGCAACUGAAAGCUGAACUACAGUGGGCUUUCAGACACACAGCAGGCUGGCGGAGCACAAAUAGGACUGGUUCCCUCCAGGCCACCAGCAGGGCGGUGGAGGUCUUCACUGACUCCCUGCCUACCUCUCAGGACAAUGUCCUUUUGGCUCCACAGUCCCUGAAGCCAGAGCUGGUGGGGGCAGGGAGGCAGCCACCAGCCUCUAUAUGUAGUGGAGGAGGGGGUGUCCAGGGAGGGCUGCAUGAUCCUGAGAGCCCCCACCUCACCCGGCUGGACUAUCCUCUCACUUCAGGGUUUCUCUGGGCUUCCAUCUUGCCCCUGCUGAGCCCUGCUUCCUCCUCUACCAGCAGCACAACCCCCAGGCUGGGCUCAGAGACCUCAUGUGGUGGGAUCACUCAGUACCCCGAGACGGAGGGAAGGAGGGAGGGCUGCAGGGUUCCCCUUGGCCUGCAAACAGGAACACAGGGUGUUUCUCAGUGGCUGCGAGAAUGCUGAUGAAAACCCCAGGAUGUUGUGUCACCGUGGUGGCCAGCUGAUAGUGCCAAUCAUCCCACUUUGCCCUGAGCACUCCUGCAGGGGUAGAAGACUCCAGAACCUUCUCUCAGGCCCAUGGCCCAAGCAGCCCAUGGAACUUCAUAACCUGAGCUCUCCAUCUCCCUCUCUCUCCUCCUCUGUUCUCCCUCCCUCCUUCUCUCCCUCACCCUCCUCUGCUCCCUCUGCCUUUACCACUGCGGGGGGGUCCUCGGGAGGGCCCUGCCACCCCACCUCUUCCUCGCUGGUGUCUGCCUUCCUGGCACCAAUCCUGGCCCUGGAGUUUGUCCUGGGCCUGGUGGGGAACAGUUUGGCCCUCUUCAUCUUCUGCAUCCACACGCGGCCCUGGACCUCCAACACGGUGUUCCUGGUCAGCCUGGUGGCCGCUGACUUCCUCCUGAUCAGCAACCUGCCCCUCCGCGUGGACUACUACCUCCUCCAUGAGACCUGGCGCUUUGGGGCUGCUGCCUGCAAAGUCAACCUCUUCAUGCUGUCCACCAACCGCACGGCCAGCGUUGUCUUCCUCACAGCCAUCGCACUCAACCGCUACCUGAAGGUGGUACAGCCCCACCACGUGCUGAGCCGUGCUUCCAUGGGGGCAGCUGCCCGGGUGGCCGGGGGACUCUGGGUGGGCAUCCUGCUCCUCAACGGGCACCUGCUCCUGAGCACCUUCUCCGGCCCCUCCUGCCUCAGCUACAGGGUGGGCACGAAGCCCUCGGCCUCGCUCCGCUGGCACCAGGCGCUGUACCUGCUGGAGUUCUUCCUGCCACUGGCGCUCAUCCUCUUUGCUAUUGUGAGCAUUGGGCUCACCAUCCGGAACCGUGGUCUGGGCGGGCAGGCAGGCCCGCAGAGGGCCAUGCGCGUGCUGGCCAUGGUGGUGGCCGUCUACACCAUCUGCUUCUUGCCCAGCAUCAUCUUUGGCAUGGCUUCCAUGGUGGCUUUCUGGCUGUCCGCCUGCCGCUCCCUGGACCUCUGCACACAGCUCUUCCAUGGCUCCCUGGCCUUCACCUACCUCAACAGUGUCCUGGACCCCGUGCUCUACUGCUUCUCUAGCCCCAACUUCCUCCACCAGAGCCGGGCCUUGCUGGGCCUCACGCGGGGCCGGCAGGGCCCAGUGAGCGACGAGAGCUCCUACCAACCCUCCAGGCAGUGGCGCUACCGGGAGGCCUCUAGGAAGGCGGAGGCCAUAGGGAAGCUGAAAGUGCAGGGCGAGGUCUCUCUGGAAAAGGAAGGCUCCUCCCAGGGCUGAGGGCCAGCUGCAGGGCUGCAGUGCUGUGGGGGUAAGGGCUGCCGCGCUCUGGCCUGGAGGGACAAGGCCAGCACACGGUGCCUCAACCAACUGGACAAGGGAUGGCGGCAGACCAGGGGCCAGGCCAAAGCACUGGCAGGACUCAGGUGGGUGGCAGGGAGAGAAACCCACCUAGGCCUCUCAGUGUGUCCAGGAUGGCAUUCCCAGAAUGCAGGGGAGAGCAGGAUGCCGGGUGGAGGAGACAGGCAAGGCGCCGUUGGCACACCAGCUCAGACAGGGGCCUGCGCAGCUGCAGGGGACAGAGGCCAAUCACUGUCACAGCAGAGUCACCUUAGAAAUUGGACAGCUGCAUGUUCUGUGCUCUCCAGUUUGUCCCUUCCAAUAUUAAUAAACUUCCCUUUUAAAUAUA